AUGGUAUUAACAAGAACAGAAGAAGUUUUGUUAUUACUUAAGACAAACGGAUAUAAUGAAAACAUUAGAGUUACAGAGGACAUGAUAUUCUUUUAUGGAAGAGAAACUCCUUUCAGCAACAUGUACAAAUCAAGUUUUACUGACAACAGUGCGGUUUAUGUAUGUAGUGAGCAAUAUUUUCAAUUUACAAAAAUGAUGCAAUGUCAAGAAAAGGAUCGUGCUAUGUGUAUCAUGAACACGGCAAGUCCUUACGAGAUGAAACGUUUGGGAAAUAUGAAAUCAGAGAACUUUAAUGUGAAACAAUGGGAUCAACAAUCUACAGAAGUGCUUUUCAAAGCAAAUUGGCUGAAGUUCACACAGAAUGAAAAUCUAACAAAUCUUCUUCUAGCCACGGGAUCUAAAAUCCUCGUAGAGGCCAACCCACGAGAUAAUAAUUGGGGUAUCGGAAUGGAUAUGUGGAAUUCAAAUGCAAUCCAUCCUAACAAGUGGAAUGGAAGAAACAGAUUUGGAUCCAUCCUAAUGGAUAUAAGGAGUUGGCUCCAACAGUCUAAAUCAUUCUGA